ACAAUGUCUUUAUACGUUCGUGGAUUAAACUUCCUGUAGUGACGAAUGAAGUGAGAUAACCUAAUCUUACGAACCAACUUUGGUUGUGUAGCGAGAUUACGAUGCUCGUUGGUGAGUUACUUGCUUGUGUAUCGACCAAAAAUAGAUAAAUGGAUCGAAUACGUGCGUGUUAGUCGCUCGGUCUUCUCAAUGAUGUAUCAUUAAUUCUUACGACUCGUUAAGAAGUGUGUAGGGCAUGGAUACGCUUAAAACAAGUCAAGAAAUCGUCCACGAAGGCUGGCUUAUAAAAUCGCCACCCUCAAAAUUGUGGAGAGCGAGAUGGCGCAAGCGUUGGUUCGCGCUUCGUCACAGCGGAGAAUUGCCUGGACAAUAUUUCUUGGAAUAUUACACAGACAGACGUUGCAGAAAGCUGAAGGGUCGCAUAGAUUUGGAUCAAUGCGAACAGGUGGAUGCUGGUUUGAGAUUUGAAAAUCGAAAGCAGAAAUAUCAAUUCAUGUUCGACGUGAAGACUCCGAAAAGAACUUAUUACUUGGUGGCAGAGAGCGAAGCUGAUAUGAACAAGUGGGUCGAUGCAGUUUGCCAGGUUUGCGGUUUGAAAGCUUACACACAGGAUGACGAUCAGCAGUGUCAAAUGUUUCCAUUCGAGCCUCAAGAGUCGCCUCCGAUCUCACCAACCAGUACUAUAUCUGGACCCUACAUUCCAAUCAGUGAAUGCAUUUCUGGCCGCUCCUUGAACGACACAAGCUCUCUUAGUUCUGCUCUGGGACAGAAUACAGAACAAUAUUAUGAUGCCCCAAGAAAGUUGGCUCCUUCUCCACCCAGAUCUCCGACUACAACAGACGCAGAAAGUGUAUUUACUGACGAUGAAUGGACUUCCCCAGUUCCCAGUGUCAAUUGGGAGACGUUCCCGUCUUCUCCAGGUGAAGCUAGACCCAGUAACGUAUCAGGAGAUGCAGAGAUUGGAUCUUGGAGCGUAAUGAAAAGAUUUGGAAAGCUUCAGAUCGUAGAUUCAGUGACACCUCCGACUGUAGAAAAGAUACCAGCACCUCCACGACCUCCAAAACCUCCUCAUAUGGUGCCAGAGAAUUUUGGUCACAAUUAUUUGAAUCUUGAUGGUGCGGCGGAAAGUUCCAAGCCCACAACUCCUGCCACUCCUGCUCCAUCUACUCCAGCUACCGCAAUUAUAACCGAUGAAACUUACGACUUUCCCCGGUCCCAUCAGCCAGGAUCGAAUGUGGAUACAAACACAAACACCGCGGGUCGACCAGGCAGGCAUUGCUACUCCAAUGCUGCGCCUACGAACACGGAUGGGCACGUUUUUCGAUACGAUUUUCAUGAAGAGGAACCAUCCAGCCCCCGUUCUGAAUCAUCGACAACGGCAACGUACUCAAACUUGCCUAGCCCUCUAACUAGGGACUCUUCAAGCGCUGUACCAUCCCUAAUGCCUCCACCGCCUCCAGUUGUUUACAGAGAUUUGAAACCAGGCAGAAGAACUAGUGAUUCGACGUCAAUCAUUAGCAAUGAACCAUCACCUGGCCCUGUUUUAUCUGUACCGGAAUCAAGUUCAACUGAGCACUCGCCAGCUGAGCCACCGAGUAUUAACAGAAAACUCAAGCCAUCUCUCGCUAAAUCACCUAUCGAUGGACCAUUACAAUUAGCAUCGCCACCAGGCAAAGGCAGAAUACGUGCAGCACCCAGUCCGACACCGCCAACUCACUCUCAAUCUAUUCGACAUCAGUCGACGUCUGACGAAGAUAACAAUGCGUGCGAUGACAAAGAAGAGAUAUAUUACUUUCAAGAUCAGAAUACAUUUAUACCUGCCUCGCACCGUUCUUUCGAAGUUCUGCAAUACUUGGACUUGGAUCUGCAAGGAAGUUUCGUAUCGUCCCCUUUGCCACCUGCCCAGUCACCACCGAGUACGACAGUCUAUAAGACUGUAGAUUUUCUGAAAACUGAGGCCUUCAAUCGCACCAGACAAUUAGUAGAAGAAGAAAGAGCGCAAUGUACAGCUGAACUUACGUAACUCAAUGUGCUUAAUGUGGUGUGUCAUGAUUUCAUUCUAAAUAGGAUAUUAGACGCUCUCUAUCCUAGAAAAUGAUGGAAAUCGAAAAGUGGAACACAAAAAAUGCAUGUUGCGCCUAUCUCUUGAUGAUGAUAAACGGGUGAUACUGUAAUUGAAGUAGAAAGGAAUAACUUGAGCCGUAGGACGGGCUGGUAUAACUUUUAUAAUAGUGACCUUAAUUUCAUAGCACAAUUUAUAUAAAGACUAUAUAGAGACACAUGAGGUGCGUAUAGUUUUAUUUUUUACUUGUUAGAUGCAAUACAUAUCGUAUGCUUUGCUCCGUGUGCUCUAAUUGGCUGAUAAAUUUACCAAAAUUACUUAAAACUCACUUUUAACUAUGAAGGCAGCAAUGUUAAAGGUGUUGUUUGAGUCAUGUCAUAUUUAGUAGCCUCUCGGUGAGAAAGCCACAGAGUCUAAACCGAUUGACACUCUGUCACGAUACAUGUAUAGCAAUUUAACAGUCGUUUUUCAUAAACAUGCUUACGUUUAUCGAUGCAAUAAAUUAUCGCAAUGAAAGCCAAUUAUUAAAAAGCGACAAAUGAAAUCUAAUCCGUCUCAAAAUCGAAUUUACGAAGUCGACCAAUUUCAAUCUGAUUUGUUUUUUUGUUUAUUACAUUAGUAUUACUGACGGAAAAACCUUAGUACACGUUUCAACGUGUGAUCAAUGAUCUCAUAAGACCCUAAAGGGCUGUGUAUUUAUCUUUAAUUAUGUUUCUUCUUUCUGUUUUUUAUUUCAGAAAACAUAACUGUGAAAUGAGUUGCUUGACUAUAAAUCUUCAUCGAUGGAAACCGUUCAAAACAGUAAAAAUUCAAAUGCACCAACUGAUAUUCAUUGCACUUCAUUCGCGUAUUUAGACUCCCACGAUUUUUUUGAAUUGCGUGUAUAAAAAUGAUAAGUAUUUAAAACUUUUUUUCUAUGGAUGAAAAGUAACUGACUGUGGAGAAAUGAUAGUUGUCAGUAUAUAGUAUUGAUCAAAAAUAACGAAAAGAAACAUAACACUGACAACUAGAUAAAUCGUAGGACAUUACUGGAUCUAAUGAGUCGUCACACGUGAAAAUAUAAAUCCAUAAAAUUGAAUAACUUUGAAUACCGUAUGCCGAUGCAACAUUCCGAAAAUUUUGAGGAUUGCUGGAGAAACUUAUUGUGUGGAAUAGUCCAGUAUAACUCGAUAAAAAAACGUCAAACUUAACUGAUGAUUCCUGCAAUCAUUUGCAUAAAUAUCGAAAUCGCAAGCUAAUGUGGCAUUGUUAGCAGUUUUCACAAAAUGCCACGAUUUCUUUAGGGCUUAUAAUUUUUGUUUCUGACAAGUUUACAAUUUCAGAGGCUCAGAAUAAGUAAAGCCGCUAUUUUUUGUAUAUGUAAUAAUUUUAAUUGGAAUCCAAAUCGAUGUUUGGGAUUCAGAAACUUCUACAUAAUUAUUUUCUGAUAUUUUUAUCCGAGGGAAUAGAUAAGUCAAUCGUUGUGUAAAAGAUGUCUUCACCGUUUAAUCAGAAUACUUCAAAUUGCUUCUCCAAUACUGUAAAGUAUUACUUUUUUUUUCAAACUUUAUCAUAAUUCAUGAAAAUUUUGACAGAAAUCUUGAUUUAUUACUAUAGCAUAAUCACUUUUUUGUACAUUUGUUUA